ACCGGGAUGGUGACGAGCAACGGCAGCGCGGGGGGAGGGGACGGGGCCGAGACGCAGCGACAGCAGCAGCAACCCCCCCCCAACGCCUGGCAGGUCAUCAAGGGGGUCCUGUUCAGGAUUUUCAUCAUCUGGGCCAUCAGCUCCUGGUUCCGGAGGGCGCCGGCGCCGCAGGAGCCGAACGGCCCCGGGGGGGCCCCCCGGGCUCCCAGCAGGAACCUCUUCCCCAAGGACACCCUGAUGGAUCUGUACGUGUACAUCUCGGAGCACGAGCACUUCACGGAUUUCAACGCCAGCUCGGCGCUCUUCUGGCAGAAACGCGACCUGGUCUACGGGGACUGGACCAGCGGCGACAACGCCGACGGCUGCUACGAGCACUUCGGGGAGCUCGACAUCUCACAGAGCGUCCAACAGAACGGCUCCAUCUACGUCCACGUUUACUUCACCAAGAGCGGCUUCCACCCCGACCCCCGGCACAAGAACCUCUACAGGCGCCUGGCCACCGUCCACACCUCCCGCAUGAUCAACAAAUACAAACGGCGGCGAUUCCAGAAGACCAAAAACCUCCUGACGGGGGAGACGGAGGCGGAUCCCGAAAUGAUCAAGGUCUGGAGCCCCCUUUGGGAAGGGGGAAUGAGCUCCUGGGAAUAGUUGGGAUGGAGGGGAUGAUGUCCAUGGAAUAAUUGG